AUAGUGACAGGCGUAAUUUCACACAUGACGGUUCUUGGUUUAGUUGAGUUGUGAUGAGACAAUCUCUGCCAUUCUUUUUUCUCUCUCAGAAUUCGUGAAACGUAAACACAACUAGAUGAAUCGUUGACUGGUAUACUCUGAUUAGCUUUACGAAUGACACAGGGUGGAACUAUACUUUACUGAACACUCCGAUACAAUAACUCGACCAGGGACUCCUAUAGGACACUAGGGGCCGCCACAAAUCGAACUUGUCGCCCUGUAUAGCACGGCUCUCAUGUCUACCAUAAUGUUAGCUGGUCACCAGGAGCGACUAAUGUACCAGUUAAACCGAUUCACCACCGAUAAAGUGAACGGACGAAAAUCAAACAUUACGAAAACAAUUCGAGAAGUAUGUAAAAUUGUAACAGAGAUUUUGAAGGAAGUAGAGGUGCAGGAACCUCGUUUUAUCAGCUCCCUGGUCGAGACAGAAGGUAGAUUCGAGGGCCUGGAAGUUGUCGCACCCACAGAAUUUGAAGUGGUAUUGUUUUUGAACCAAAUGGGAGUAUUUAACUUUGUGGACGAUGGAUCAGUACCUGGGUGUGCUGUCCUGAAACUAAGCGACGGACGAAAACGGUCCAUGUCCCUGUGGGUGGAAUUUAUCACAGCGUCUGGUUAUUUGUCGGCUAGGAAAAUCCGCUCGAGAUUCCAAACACUAGUUGCUCAGGCGGUUGAUAAGUGCAAAUAUAGAGACAUUGUAAAAAUGAUAGCCGACACAUCAGAAGUAAAACUGCGUGUCCGAGAACGUUUUAUUGUACAGAUAACCCCAGCUUUCAAAUGCAGUGGGAUCUGGCCCCGAAGUGCAGCACAUUGGCCGUUACCACAAAUUCCAUGGCCUUCCCCUAGCCUAGUAGCUGAGGUGAAGACAGAGGGAUUCAACCUACUGUCGAAAGAAAUACCAGUAUUAACAGGGAAACAAACAUCAGCAGAGGGGGAUGCAUGGGGCUUAUCGUUUACUGAUGCCGAAAAUAAAUUGCUGCAGGGGGGCUGCAGGAAGAAGUGCCUCAGCAUACUGAAAACAUUACGCGACAAACACUUGGACAUACCAGGAUCCCCUGUCAAAAACUAUCACAUGAAAACCUUGCUUCUGUACGAAUGCGAGAAACAUCCCCGAGAAAUUAGCUGGACUGAGUCGUCUAUGUUCGACAGAAUUAACGGUAUACUGCUCCAGCUGAUCUCCUGUCUACAGAACCGUAGAUGCCCCCACUACUUUCUUCAUGGGUUGGACCUGUUUGGUGGUAGUUCACACGCCGCAUUGGACCAAGUAGCUAAACAGACGUGGAGAAUUGCUAGAGAAAUACUUACCAAUCCAAGAUGCCUUGAAAAACUAUGACCAGGAUAAAAAUGAGGAACUAAUUUGAAGAGCAAGUGUUUUUAAUGGUGCUUAUACGAUAAAAUCCGAUAUUAUGUUCAUCGUGGAUUGAUCACUCGUAAAUGGCAACUAUAAUAAGGGAUUGGGGGGGGGGGGGGGGGGGGGGGGGAACCACCAAUUUAUAGAGACCAAUGUGACAAUUCUUUCAAAUCCGAUAAAUAUUUUGCCAGCGAUAUUCACAAAUUGCAUUUUGAAUGUUUCAACGCUUAACACAUGGCUUGUUAAAAGUCAAGUUAUACAGGCUUCAAAAUGCCUUCUGUGAAGCAAGUUGUAUAAUCGCGUGUCCGUGGCCUUGUUUUCCACUUUUGACUUGCUGAAAUUUUGACUCGUAUGGAUACAAACAAUCUCUAGUUAUUUGUUUCGGAUACUUCGAUGUAAUCUUGUUAAACUUUCAUGUAUUGUUUUUUUGACGAUUGUGUGUAAAUUAGUAUUUGUCAAGUAUCGUAAACUGUUAUUGCAUAUAAUGACCAAGUAUGACUGAACGGUAAUUGAACUACCUACGCUGUUGGAAGUGUAAGUUGUAACAAUUUCUUUCUUGUUCACAUAAGUGGAAAUAACAAGUUUAUAACGGUGGGACUCCAAUUAGGCCUAGCUGAGUCGAACUUCACAACUGGUAAUCAAAAAACUAUUAGUAUUAAGAACUGCAUCUGUGGGGCACGUUAAUGUUUAACGCACCCUCCAGUAUGUUGUAUCAUUUAUUUCAAAAUCACCAUGUAUUUAAACCGUCCGUUCGCAAUUGAUUCUCUCAUCCUAGGCCUGGAGUAAAUUGGCUGAAUUAGUAAUAGUAGUACGCAAACUGAGGCUGAGACCCCUUUAUGGAGUCAAAAAAUUCUGAGGCUGAAUAAUGUUUCUUAGGCCUAGUCUAAGGUAUUUUGCUUAUCAACAACUCGUUGUUUAUCGUACAUUACUCAUUCCAUGAAAUGCAUGUAUAAAUUAAUAAAAUAUAGGCACAGAUUUUAAAACUAUUGUGCCAUUUGUGUACCCGGAUGUUACCGUACUAAUGGAAAAUGAAAUUAUUGAUGCAGCUAUUUCUGUAAAGAUAUUGUUAAAGAAAAUUUGAAAGUAAAUACUAUAAUCAAUGGAAAA